AGGGCCGUGCCGAAGGGGGAUUAAAAAGCAAGCCCCUUUCGACCAUGUGAGGGAGAACUCCGGCCCGCCAAGACCGCCUCCCGUCUUCCCGAGGGCGCCCUUGGAUCUAGCAGUGUGUGGGGACCCUUGGAUCUUCUCAGGGCGCUUUGCCUCUCCCUCGCCCGCCGAAGAGCGACUCGCACGGAGGAUGCAAGAGGGCUGGGCUCGGUAGCCUUCAGGUGCACGACCGGCCGCGAGGAGACCCCGCGCGGGGCCAAAGGAUACAAGCCCCCCACCCUCGUCACGAGCGAAAAUCAUUCAUGCGGUUGUGAUCUAAAACAGCAGCCAUGAAGAUAAGGCUCUCUGCCGCAGCUGUUGCUGCCCUUUGUACAGCUCUUCUCCUCUGCUCAACAGGCGCUGAAGUUAAUCCACCAUCAGACUUGAAUUUUAAAAUUGUAGAUGAACAUACUGUUCAAAUGUCAUGGACCAAGCCAUCUGAUGCAAUCGAAGGUUACAGGAUAACAGUUACACCUACACUUGAUGGACCUGCUAGGGAAUUCACCCUAGCACAUAGUGCAACCCAGACGUUGUUAACUGACCUCACACCUGAUGUUGAGUAUGUUGUAACAAUAAGCUCAUAUGAUGAAAGAGAAGAGAGUAUAUCUGUCUCUGGACAACUUACAAUUCAAACAGGUGGUUUAGUAACAACAGAAAAGAAGAUUGAAGAGGUUCCGUUGCAAAGAUGUUCCAUUAGUGCUGUUGCAGAUCUAGUUUUUCUUGUGGAUGGUUCUUGGAGUGUGGGAAGAAAUAACUUCAAAUAUAUACUGGACUUCAUUGUUACCUUGGUGUCAGCUUUUGACAUUGGAGAAGAUAAGACGAGAGUUGGAAUAGUACAAUACAGUACCGACACAAGGACUGAGUUCAACUUAAAUCAGUAUUUUAACCAGAGAGAUCUUACUGAGGCAAUAAAAAGAAUACCAUACAAAGGAGGCAAUACUAUGACAGGGGAAGCUAUAGAUUAUCUAAUUAAGAACACAUUUAUUGAAUCUGCUGGAGCACGAAGAGGCUUCCCCAAAGUGGCAGUUAUCAUUACGGAUGGAAAAUCACAAGAUGAAGUAGAAAUUCCUGCAAGAGAACUUCGUAGUACAGGAGUUGAAGUGUUUUCUUUAGGAAUCAAAGCUGCAGAUGCCAAAGAGCUCAAGUUAAUUGCAUCUCAGCCCUCCUUGAAGCAUGUGUUUAAUGUAGCCAACUUUGAUGGCAUUGUGGAUAUACAGAAUGAAAUAGUUUCACAGGUGUGCUCCGGUGUUGAUGAACAACUGGGUGAGCUGGUCAGUGGAGAAGAAGCCAUUGAACCUCCCUCAAACCUUGCAGCAACACAAAUCUCGUCCAGAUCAAUUCGAAUCACUUGGUAUCCAUCUCCUAGCGAAAUAACUGGCUAUAAGAUUGUUCUGAUCCCAAUGGUAGCUGGGGCCAAACAGCAUUCACUGAGUGUAGGACCUCAAACUACUGCUUUUAAUGUAAAAGAUCUUUCUGCAGACACAGAAUACCAAAUUAGUGUGUAUGCAGUGAAAGGACUGACGUCCAGCGAGCCAGUGACUAUAAUGGAAAAAACACAGCCUGUUAAAGUUCAAGUGGAAUGCUCAAAAGGUGUGGAUAUCAAAGCAGACAUUGUGUUUCUGGUGGAUGGCUCCUACAGUAUUGGCAUUGCCAAUUUUGUUAAAGUAAGAGCAUUUUUGGAAGUGUUAGUUAAAAGCUUUGAGAUUUCCCCGGAAAAAGUCCAAAUAAGUCUCGUCCAGUACAGCAGGGAUCCUCAUACGGAAUUUACUUUGAACAGAUACAGCAGAAUUGAAGACAUACUUCAUGCUAUUAACACCUUCCCCUACAGAGGUGGAUCCACAAACACAGGCAAAGCUAUGACCUAUGUAAGGGAAAAAGUGUUCGUUCCCAACAGAGGUGCAAGACCAAAUGUCCCAAGGGUCAUGAUUCUUAUAACUGAUGGCAAAUCAUCAGAUACUUUUAAAGAUCCUGCCAUAAAGCUACGGAACUCAGAUGUAGAGAUAUUUGCAGUUGGUGUUAAGGAUGCUGUACGGACAGAAUUGGAAGCAAUUGCCACACCACCUGUGGAAACUCAUGUGUACACAGUUGAAGACUUUGAUGCUUUUCAAAGAAUAUCAUUCGAACUCACACAGUCUAUCUGUCUACGGAUUGAGCAGGAACUUCAGGAGAUUAAGAGAAAAUCUUAUUUGCCUGCAAGGAAUCUGCAGUUUUCAGAAGUGGGUUCUUACAGCUUCAGAGUUAACUGGUCUCCUGCAGGACCUGAUGUUUUAUCUUACCUUGUCAAGUAUAACGAGGCUGUUGGUGGAGAGGAGUUCAUGGUUUCUGUACCAGCUCCAGUUACUAAUACAGUCCUUACUAAUUUGCUACCCAAAACCACCUAUGCUGUCAGUGUGAUUGCAGAGUACGAAGAUGGUGAUGGCCCGCCGCUGGAUGGGGAAGAAACAACUUUAGAAGUUCGAGGAUCACCACGAAAUUUAAGAGUAACUGAUGAAACAACAGAUAGUUUUAAAGUUGGGUGGUCAGCUGCUCCAGGAAAUGUUCUCAGAUACAGGAUUGCAUACAGACCUGUUGCUGGCGGGGAGAGAAGACAAGUAACUGUCCCAGCAAAUGAAAGGGCAACCACGCUACAGAAUCUAAAGCAAGAUACAAGAUAUGAAGUCUCUGUUACGGCUGAAUACCAGUCUGGAGUUGCAGAUCCUCUGACUGGCCAUGGAAAAACUGAAGAAGUUUUGGGGAGGCCAAGAGACCUGAGAGUUUCUGAUGCCACAACAUCCUCGCUGAAAUUGUCUUGGAAUUCAGCACCUGGCAAAGUACAGCAGUAUCUUGUAACAUAUACUCCAGUGACAGGAGGUGAAUCUAAAGAAGUGACCUUAAGGAAAGAUAUGACCACCACUGUUCUCAGAGACUUGGAGCCAGGAACAAGAUAUGAUUUAUCUGUGACAGCUCUUUAUGCAUCUGGAGCAGGAGAUGCUCUGUCUGGACAAGGAGACACUCUUGACGAACGUGGCUCUCCUCGUGACUUGGUUACUAAAGACAUAACUGAUACUACUAUCGGAGUAUCAUGGACAGCCGCUCCAGGGUCAGUUCAGUAUUACAGAAUUAUAUGGAAGUCACUUUAUGAUGAUCAGUCCGGAGAAAAAACAGUACCUGGAAAUGUAGUUGAUACUGUACUGGAGAACCUUCAGCCCGAGACUAAAUAUAAGAUUUCAGUCUUGGCUUCUUACAGAAGCGGAGAAGGAGCGCCCCUAGAGGGAGAAGCUACAACUGAAGUGUCACCAAGUUCCAGAUCAUUGAGGGUGGAUGAUGAGAAGGAGACGACAAUGAGAGUUUCUUGGCAACCUGCACCUGGAAAAGUAAUCAGCUACCGUGUAGUUUAUCGACCCCGCAGGGGAGGAAGACAGAUGGUCACGAAAGUGCCCCCAACUGCCACAACCACAGUCUUGAAACGUCUCGAGCCUUUGACCACUUAUGACAUCUCUGUCAUUCCAAUGUACAAAACUGGGGAAGGAAAACAUAGAAAAGGCGAAGGAACCACAGCCUCCCCAUUUAAACCUCCCAGAAAUCUGCAGACUUCUGAUUCUACCAUGUCAAGCUUUCGUGUAACCUGGGAGCCAGCCCCUGGGGAAGUAAAAGGUUACAAAGUAACUUUCCAUCCAGUUGGAGAAAACAGACGCCUCGGAGAAUUAGUUGUGGGGCCUUAUGACAACACGAUUGUAUUGGAAGAGCUCAGGGCAGGCACUUCCUAUAAAGUCAAUGUUUUUGGAAUGUUUGAAGGAGGCGAAAGUACACCAUUAAUUGGAGAAGAAAUGACCACCCUUUCAGAUGCUACUGUAGUGCCAAUUUUAUCUACAGGCCUGGAAUGUAAAACUAGAGCUGAAGCAGAUAUUGUGUUACUUGUGGAUGGCUCAUGGAGUAUUGGCCGACCAAAUUUUAAAACCAUCCGAAGCUUCAUUGCUCGUAUUGUUGAAGUGUUUGAUAUUGGUCCUGACAAAGUGCAGAUUGCUCUUGCACAAUAUAGUGGUGAUCCUAGAACAGAAUGGCACCUCAAUGCACACAGAACCAAACAAAGUUUAAUGGAAGCUGUGGCCAACUUGCCAUACAAAGGAGGCAACACCUUAACAGGCAUGGCUUUGAAUUUCAUCUUAAGAAACAACUUUAAACCAGAAGUUGGUAUGAGGCCUGGAGCUCGCAAAAUUGGUGUCCUUAUUACUGAUGGCAAAUCACAGGAUGAUAUUGUCGCUCCCUCACAGAAACUGAGGGAUCUGGGGGUGGAGCUGUAUGCUGUGGGUAUCAAGAAUGCUGAUGAAAACGAACUGAAGCAGAUUGCAUCAGACCCAGAUGAAACCCACGCUUACAAUGUUGGAGAUUUCACACUUCUUGUUAAUAUUGUUGAUGACCUCACUGUUAAUUUGUGCAAUAGUGUAAAAGGUCCAGGUGAUUUGUCACUCCCACCCACCAACCUAGUUACUUCAGAGGUGACACCUCGUUCCUUCAGAGUGUCUUGGACUCCACCUGCUGAGAGUGUGGAUAGGUACAGGAUUGAAUAUUAUCCUGCUGCUGGAGGCACACCACAGGAGCUCUUUGUAAGCCGAUCAGAGACUUCUACUGUUCUGACUGGCCUCAAGCCUGAAACAGAGUAUGUUGUGAAUGUAUUUUCUGUGGUAGAAGGUACCAACAGUGAACCUCUAAAAGGCACUGAAACAACUUUGGCAAUCCCUUCAGUUAGAAACCUGAAUGCUUAUGACAUCACGUCAACCACGAUGCGUGUGCGAUGGCAACCUGUCAGUGGAGCAAGUGGCUAUUUGCUGUUGUAUGAGCCUGUCAAUGCCACAGUUCCAGCAACAGAAAAAGAGAUGCGUGUUGGAUCAUCAGUAAAUGAUGUGCAGCUGGUUGACUUGAUUCCCAACACUGAAUACACUUUGACAAUUCAUGCAAAUUUUGAUGAUCUCAUUAGUGAUCCACUCACCACUCAGGAAGUCACAUUACCUUUGAGUGGAUCGAAAAGAUUGUGGAUCAGAGAUAUUACUCAUAGCAGCAUGAGAGUGAAUUGGGAACGUGCUCCAGGAAAAGUUAAGAAAUAUAUACUGCGAUACAAAGCAGCUGAAGAACCUGAUAUAAAAGAGCUGGAAGUUGAUGCAUCUCAGACAAGCGCACUUCUUCCUGAUCUGUUUUCAAAAACUCUCUAUAACAUCGAACUUGCUUCAGUGUACGAUGAAGGAUUGUCACUGCCAAUAGCUGCAGAAGCCACCACUUUACCUGUACCAGCACCACAAAAUUUGAGAACUGACCAGGUAACAAAGACUUCUUUCAGAGCUACCUGGGAACACGGAGCACCGGACGUAGCUCUCUAUAGAGUAAUGUGGGGGCCUUAUGGCGGAAUUGAAAGGCAGGAGACUAUUCUAAAUGGUGAUGAAAAUACAAUCGUUCUUGAAAAUCUGAUACCAGACACACUGUAUGACAUGUCAGUUACCGCAAUUUAUCCUGAUGAAUCUGAGAGCGAUGAAUUGAUUGGGAGUGAACGCACAUUGCCAAUUGUGCCAAUAACAACACCAGUGCCAAAGAGUGGUCCGAGGAACCUUCAGGUAUACAACGCAACAUCUAACAGCCUGACAGUGAAAUGGGAUCCUGCCACAGGACGAGUGCAGAGAUAUAGGGUCACUUAUCGGCCUGCCAGUGGGGAUGGUCCUGAGCAAUCGUCAACAGUAGGAGGGAGACAGACCAGUCUUGUCCUCCAGAAGCUGCAGCCUGAUACACCCUAUAGUGUGACGGUUUCAUCCAUAUAUGCAGAUGGGGAAGGAGGACAAAUGACAGGCAGAGGCAAAACUAAACCUCUUAACACUGUACGGAACCUCAGAGUUUAUGAUCCAACUACCAGCACAUUGAAUGUUCGAUGGGAUCAUGCUGAAGGGAAUCCUCGUCAGUACAAAGUGGUUUAUGGACCUGUGUCAGGAGGUGCAGAUGAACUGGCAACUGUCCCAGGGAAUACAAAUUAUGCCGUUUUAAGGAAUUUACAGCCUGACACACAAUACAAAGUAACUGUGUUUCCAACGUACCCAGAAGGUGACGGAGGUCGGAUGUCUGAUACUGGAAAAACUUUGAUGAGGGGAACACCAAGAAGCAUCCAAGUUUACAACCCAACAACAAACAGCCUUAAUGUCCAGUGGGAACCUGCACCAGGGCCCGUGCAGCAAUAUAGAGUUGUCUAUGCUCCAUUGAUUGGUGCAAGGCCAUCAGAAUCUGUUGUUGUCCCAGCCAACACCCGCAAUGUUUUACUAGAACGCCUGGUUCCUGACACUCCAUAUUCUGUAAAUGUUGUUGCUUUGUAUGCUGAUGGAGAAGGAGAUCCAUCUCCUGGACAAGGGAGGACAUUACCUCGCAGUGGGCCUAGGAACAUACGAGUCUUUGAUCCUACUACAAACAGCCUUUCUGUUCAGUGGGACCACGCGGAUGGCCCUGUGCAGCAGUACAGAAUUAUAUAUUCCCCAACUGUUGGAGACCCAAUAGAUGAAUAUACAACAGUACCCGGCAGAAGAAACAAUGUAUUGCUGCAGCCUUUACAGUCCGAUACACCCUAUAAAAUUACAGUUGUGGCAGUUUAUGAAGAUGGAGAUGGUGGACAACUGACAGGAAAUGGAAAAACAGUUGGGCUGCUUUCUCCUCAGAACAUACACAUUUCAGAUGAAUGGUAUACACGAUUCAGAGUUUCCUGGGAUCCGGCUCCAUCUCCUGUUCUUGGUUACAAAAUUGUGUACAAGCCUGUAGGUUCUGAUGAGCCCAUGGAAGUAUUUGUUGGAGAAGUGACAGCAUAUACACUGCACAACCUGUCUCCUAGUACUACCUAUGAUGUAAAUGUUUAUGCCCAAUAUGACUCUGGACUCAGUGCUCCACUCGUAGAUCAAGGCACUACGUUGUACUUGAAUGUCACUGAUCUAACAACUUAUAAUGUUGGAUGGGACACAUUUUGCGUUAAAUGGGCGGCCCAUCGAUCAGGUUCUUCAUACAGACUGAAGCUAAUACCAGCAGAUGGUUCUAGAGGGCAAGAAAUUACAGUACGCGGAACAGAAACCAGUCACUGUUUUACUGGCCUUUCACCAGACACACAAUAUGAUGCUACUGUCUUUGUUCAGACUCCAAGUCUUGAAGGGCCUCCAGUGUCUACAAGAGAAAGGACUUUAAUAAAGCCAACAGAACCACCAACAGAACCACCAACCCCUCCUCCACCUCCUACAAUCCCACCAGCUCGAGAAGUAUGCAAGGGUGCAAAAGCAGAUAUCGUUUUCUUGACUGAUGCUUCCUGGAGCAUUGGAGAUGACAAUUUCAACAAAGUCGUGAAGUUUGUUUUCAACACAGUUGGAGGCUUUGAUGUAAUCAGCCCUGCUGGAAUUCAGGUUUCCUUUGUUCAGUACAGUGAUGACCCAAAAUCUGAGUUUCAUUUGAAUACGUAUGAUGAUAAGGCACUAGCACUGGGAGCACUUCAGAACAUUCGUUACAGGGGAGGGAACACAAAAACAGGCAAAGCACUUUCCUAUAUCAAAAAUAAAGUCUUAACAUGGGAAAGUGGAAUGAGGAGAGGAGUUCCCAAGGUACUUGUUGUUGUAACCGAUGGCCGGUCACAGGAUGAAGUGAUGAAAGCUGCGGCUGUCAUACAGCAUUCUGGUUUCAGUGUCUUUGUUGUUGGUGUGGCUGAUGUUGAUUACCACGAACUGGCCAAAAUUGCCAGCAAACCCAGUGAACGUCAUGUCUUUAUAGUUGAUGACUUUGAUGCUUUUGAAAAGAUUGAGGAUAACCUCAUCACAUUUGUUUGUGAAACAGCUACCUCAACUUGCCCUCUCAUGUACUUGGAUGGAUAUACCUCUCCUGGCUUUAGGAUGCUGGAGGCUUAUAACUUAACAGAGAAGUACUUUGCUUCUGUGCCAGGAGUUUCCUUGCAAUCAGGAUCAUUCCCUAGCCAUGUGGCAUACAGGCUUCAGAAGAAUGCCUUUGUCAGCCAGCCCACAAUGGAGAUUCAUCCAGAUGGGUUACCAAGGUCUUACACAAUCAUAUUUUUAUUCCGUCUUCUCCCGGAAACCCCUACUGAACCAUUUGCAAUUUGGCAGAUAACAGAUCGAGAUUACAAACCACAAGUUGGAGUUGUUCUUGACCCAUCCAGCAGAGUGCUGUCAUUUUUCAGUAAAGACAGCCGAGGAGAGAUUCAGACAGUAACAUUUGAAGGUGAUGAAGUAAGGAAACUGUUCUACGGAAGUUUCCACAAGGUUCAUAUUGUUAUAACACCCACAAGUGCUAAGAUUUAUAUUGAUUGUGAUGAAAUCAUGGAAAAACCAAUUAAUGAGGGUGGAAAUAUCACAACUGAUGGCUAUGAAAUACUUGGUAAACUACAGAAAGGUGACAGAAAGACAGCAGCAUUGGAGAUUCAAAACUUUGACAUUGUGUGCAAUGCUGUUUGGACUAGCCGAGACAGAUGUUGUGAUAUUCCUUCUAAGAGGGAUGAAGCGAAGUGCCCAUCGUUGCCAAAUGCUUGCACAUGUACCCAGGACAGUGUGGGACCCCCAGGACCUCCAGGGCCUUCUGGAGCACCAGGUUCUAAGGGCCCAAGGGGUGAUAGAGGAAUAAAUGGACCUCCGGGACCCAUUGGUCCUCGUGGAGAUGUAGGACCUCAAGGACCUCAAGGCCCACCAGGACCACAGGGGCCAAAUGGACUUUCCAUUCCAGGAGAACCAGGAUCCCCAGGCUUAACAGGCCCCCCUGGUCCAAUGGGACCUCCAGGUGACAGGGGCUUUUCUGGAAAAGAUGGCCCGGCAGGACCAAGAGGACCCCCUGGACCAGUCGGUGCCCCUGGAGUGCCUGGAGUAGCCGGUCCAACGGGAAAGCCAGGGAAGCCAGGAGAUCGUGGGUUACAGGGCCCAACUGGACCGAAAGGUGAUAAAGGUGACCGAGGAGAUAUUGCUUCGCAGAACAUGAUGAGAGCUGUUGCAAGACAAGUCUGUGAACAAAUGAUAAAUGGCCAAAUGUCUCGCUUUAACCAAAUGCUGAAUCAAAUUCCAAAUGAUUACUAUUCAAACCGCAACCAGCCUGGACCACCAGGACCACCAGGUCCCCCUGGACCUGCUGGGGCAGCAGGAGAACCGGGAGCUGGAGGCAGGCCAGGUUUCCCAGGAACACCCGGGAUGCAAGGGCCACCUGGCGAAAGAGGGUUACCAGGAGAGAAAGGUGAAAGAGGAACAGGAUCACCAGGGCCACGAGGCUUGCCUGGACCACCAGGUCCACAAGGGGAAUCCAGAGUUGGCCCCCCAGGUUCUACUGGCUCAAGGGGGCCACCUGGGCCACCUGGCCGUCCUGGUAAUGCGGGUAUCAGAGGUCCUCCUGGCCCCGCUGGAUACUGUGAUUCAUCCCAGUGUGCUAGUGUUGGUUACAAUGGACAAGGCUAUCCAGAGCCAUACGCACCUGAAAGUGGACCUUAUCAGCCUGAAAGUGAUCCCUACAUAGUACCAGUGGAAUCUGAGAGAAGAGAUGACGAAUAUGAGGACUAUGGAGCUGAUAUGCAUUCACCUGGAUACCCUGACCACAUGCGCUGGAAAAGAUCAUUAUCAAGGAAAGCAAAAACAAAACCAUAAAGCUGUUUUACUCCCUUAUUUCCUCUCCCUUGCCUUUCUGGUUGGUUGUUUUUGUUGUUGCUAUUCUCACAUGGAUGGAUACGCAGAGAACCGAUUGGGUAUGCCUAAUUUGUUCUCCAAUGUAGAAGCAGCAGUAGCUUCUUCCAAAGGGUACCAGUCUUAUGUGGGAAUAACAAUAAAAUGUAAUAGAAUUCAUUCUUACUCUCAAAAUGCUUGUAAAAUACUGUACGUACUUUAGCUUACGGCGGCUGCAUAGAACUUCUAACAAGUGCAUUAAAAUUAUCAUGGCUACAGUCUCUUUAAGUAAUUUUUUUUAAAGGAAGAAAGAAAACCCUUCAUAGCUGCUACCAGUUUUCUCAAAGCUGGAGGCUUCAGCAGUGGAGCUUCAUUGCCCUUUUCUCUUACCUGCAGCUCCGUGAUGUUACAAAUCUGCAUUGUCUAAUGAAGCAAACCUUUGUUUUCACAUGUCAGUUUUCUUUUCUCUCUGCUUAUACCUUGCAGGGCAUAUACCGCUCUUAUACAUCUCUUUUAACAACCACAAAUCUUAAAUAAUGUAGCUGACAUCAUUGUAUCAACUGGAUACAGGGUUUCAAAAUAAAUAAAUAAAUAAUGGCUUAAAUCUCCUUGUUUUAGAAACAUUAACAUUUAUGCCAAAUUGCAGUCAAUCCUGCAGAGAUGAAUUGCAUGUUUGUGUUGUAUAUUUAGUAUGAUUCCCCUUCCCACAGAAUAUAAUGUUUCGUAGUUACCAGAAAAAAAGCAGUUUGAAAUUGUUUGCAAGACUAUGGAUAUAGAAUUGCUGCUUUUAUAUUUUAACUGCAAAUUGUGAAUUUCACUGCCUUAUAUUAUUUAUUUCUGAAACAAAAGAGGCAUUUUUCAAUAAAACUACUGAAAAUUUA